CUCAAUCAUGGCUUCCAUUGCAAAUACCCAAAAGCUUUCCUUGUAUAAACAGUUAUUGGAAAAAUCAUCCAAGUUUGAUAACUAUAACUUCAGAGUUUAUGCUAAACGCAGAAUCAUUGAUAGUUUUAAAGAACACCAAAAUUUGAAAGAUGAAGAAUUGAUCAGAAAACACUAUAACGAUGGGGUUAAUCAAUUAGCCAUGUUGCACAGGCAAACUUCCAUUUCCCAAAUGUAUACUUUUGAUAAGUUGGUUGUCGAACCAUUAAAAAAACAUCAUUGAUUUGUUCCUAGAUAUACGGUUAAACCCAAAAAAGAAAAAAUGAAAAAGAUGAAAAAUCAAAAACAAAAAAAAUAACU